AAAAAUAAGAGAUAGGUUAUGAUAUAAACUUCAAACUUUUGUUUUUGUAUUUUAUAUUUUAUUUAGCGGUGCAAAUGUAAAAUAACACACAAAUGAGCGAAUACGAAGAUGAUUUUAACAAAAUCUACUUUUUCAAAAAUCACGGCCAGUAUUCCCUUCCCAACGAGGUGUUUGUGUCUCAAAAAUGGUCCGUUCCCGAAUUGCAAACUAGAAAACAGGAAUUGAACAAUGUGAAGGGAUUGCUGGGGAAGUACGUUCUGAAAGAAUGGUCCGACUUUACCUCUAAAAGGGACCGGGCCGGUCUCGUCAUGCGAAAAUUAUCCGAGAAAAUCAAACCGGAACUACUCACACAAGCAUGGUGCAAGUUUUACGAAAUCCUGGCUCACUUUCCCAUCAUUCCUUUAUGCGCUGUCGAAGACAAGAAACUGGAAAGCCUGCAUCUCUGCGAAGCUCCCGGAGCCUUCGUCUCUGCUUUAAAUCACUACUUACUAUUGAAUUAUCCAGGUUUGAAUUGGUCUUGGAACGCUAAUUCGCUCAACCCGAACUACGAGGGAAACGAUCUGUGCGAGAUGAUACCCGACGAUAGAUUUAUUAGACAUACCUUGAGCAAAUGGAUCUUCGGCAGCGAUUUUACCGGAGAUAUAACGAAAUUUUAUAAUUACAAGUAUCUCGUUGAUUAUAAAAAAGAUAGCAAAAUAUCAUUAAUAACAGCCGAUGGUAGUGUGAACUGUAUGAACGAUCCAGGUGAACAAGAGAGAUGUGUGGAAAGAUUGCACUUUUGCGAGACUAUAACAGCUCUAACUGUAUUACAAACUGGUGGGACUUUUGUCUUGAAGAUUUUCACCAUGUUCGAAGAAAGUACCAUCAACUUGCUGUUUCUUUUGAACAAUAUUUUUGAGAAAGUGGCGGUGUUUAAACCUUGCACGUCGAAAAGCGGGAAUUCCGAAGUAUAUGUGAUUAGUACAAAAUAUAAAGGAUUCAACGCGAUUAAAGAACUGUGGCCUAUGUUGGUGUUGUCUUACGAAAAUGCUGAUAUUUUUAACUCGAAAUCGAUGUUUUCAGUGAAGGAUAUUCCUCAGAUGUUUUUAGAUGAAAUCAUUAACUGUUCAGAAUAUUUUAUGAACAAGCAAACUCAUACUAUUUUGAACAAUAUUCAUAAUUUCGAGCAUCGAAACUACGAUAACAUUCAAAUGGUUAAAUCAUUCAUAGCUCAAAUUUACAUUUCAAGGUACGAGUUGAAACCUAUUCCGGAUGAGUUUAGGAUCAUUCCAUAUUUAUCGGUAUCUGAAUGUAGACGAGUAUACUCGACAAAAAAACCCAACAAUUUUUACAAAUUAAAAACAGAAAAUAUCAUCAGAGAUAGGGAAUUGGGAAGCAUAUUACAUAUAGUUCAAGGCAAAGAAAUUUGCACUGUGUACAAUUCCAAAUUUAUCCACCAGGAUAAUUUAAAGAAAUUAAAACUAUUCGCAAACUUCACUCUCCCAUCUUGUCUUUAUCGGAAUAUUACAAAAAUGUUGAGCCAAACUAACGCUAUUAUAAACGUAAACGAUUUCGAAUAUCAAUCAUUUUCUAGUUUUCAAAAACAAUUUUUCGAAAAGUUGUCCCUUGCAUUCGACGAUGGAAAAAAUUUAAUACUCAUCAAUAUUCCGUUUGUAACACAUUUUUUAGUCGGUUUGCUUUACAUUUUGUUAUUCUCAUUCGAUACAAUUUUCAUCGGUAACGGGAUAAUCUUCCUUUCCCAACCGAAAAUAUCUACCAAAAGCGAAGUUAAAGACAUCUUCAGCAAAAUUAAUGAGACUUAUCAGAAUCUCGAUAAAACUACAGGUUUUAUCAAUGAUAUCGUACAAAUUGUUUCACCGAUUUUAUUUGAAUACGGACGUUUUAUCGAUUGCAUAUGGAAUUACAACAAUCAUAUUUACUUCAAAGAAAAAUGUUAUGUUAGGCGAUUAAAAAUGUAGUUUUAAUGUUAGGUGAGUA